GGAUCCCAAAGGAGCAAGAGGUACCAGGAAGCGCCGCUGAUCUGCACAGACCCCUUUGCCUGCUGCUGCCCCACAGGGAACAGGGAGCUGCUGAGGAGCCACAUGGUCCAUCCCUGGAUUCUCCAAGCACUGAGUGCCCAGCCACUCUGACCACAGCCAGGGGCCACAUCCCACUGCCUGCCCAGCAUCCAUCCAUGGAGGAGCCGCUUUAGGACAUGGAUCCCAAAGGAGCAAGAGGGACCAGGAAGUGCCACAGAUCUGCACAGACCCCUUUGCCUGCUGCUGCCCCACAGGGAACAGGAGCCGCUUUAGGACAUGGAUCCCAAAGGAGCAAGAGGGACCAGGAAGCACCGCUGAUCUGCACAGACCCCUUUGCCUGCUGCUGCCUCACAGGGAACAGGGCGCUGCUGAAGAGCCACAUGGUCCAUCCCUGGAUUCUCCAAGCUCUGACUGCCCAUCCACUCUGACCACAGCCAGGGGCCACAUCCCACUGCCUGCCCAGCGUCCAUCCAUGGAGGUGACCACCCUGUCCCCAUCUCCUGCCUCACUCACUGAAGGAGAUGAUCUGUGUCAGACAGAUGUCACCAGCGCAGCCAUACACAGUGUGAUACUGCUCAUCUGCCUCUGUGGGCUGACUGGAAACGGGGCUGUGCUCUGGCACCUUGGGUCCCACUUUUUGUCCAGGAACAGCACCAUCCUUUACAUCCUUGUCCUGACUUUUUUGGACUUCCUCCUCCUCCUCUUUGUGUUGCCCUCCACUCUGCUCUUCCUGCUGGAGAAUGUGUCCUGCUCUAUCAUCAUGCCCUUGCAGUACGUGGGGUUGCUUUUCAGGCUGUCAGCAGUGUUACACAGCUUGUGGCUGUGCACACUGACAUUCAUCAGCCUCAAGAGGUGCAGGUCCACACACUGCCCACUCUGGCACUGCUGCCACCAUCCCCAGCACCUGUUGAAGGUGAUGCAUGCCCUGCUCGGGGCCGUCUUCAUCACUUUUAUCAUAGUCAUUGCCAUAAUAUUUUCUCCAUGCAUUGUCCUGCUAUCUGAGCACUGCUGGGUUUUUUACGUCUCCAUGCAUGCCUUCAACCUCCUCCUCUGUGCUCCCUUCAUCCUCAUUUCCAGCAAAAUUGUCUUCACUCAUUUCAAGCCUGGCUCCCAUCAGCAGCAACCCAAGAGACUCGAUAUUGUUAUCUGCCUCAUUGUGCUCUUCACUCUGCCCCUCAGCCUCUGCCAUUUCCUGCAGGAACUCGGCUACACGGUUGUGCCCUCCCAGGUUCUUUUCCUACUAGCCUGCAUCCACAGAAGCAUCAACCCCAUCAUCUACUUCUUGGUGGGGAGGUGCUGGAGGCCCUGCUCUGUGAAGUCCCUCAAACUCUCCCUCCAGAGGGUCUUUGAGGAGCCAGAAGAAGUCACUGCAAACAGCAAUGAUGCUGCAGGAGACACAGUGCUCUGAGCCUGUUGAUCCCUUCCGCUGCAGUUAUGAAGGACCCUGGAACACUGGCUGAGAGAUUCCUUGAGUCUCCUGAUCAAUAAAUACCCACAGGAUCGCCCUCCCUGUGCUGCUGCAUCCCCAGCCCCUUUCCUGGCCGCUUUGGGCUCUGAUCCGUGCUUGGGAGGCCUCAGCCUUGAGGAGCAGCCCCUGGGCUCAGCUCCUGUGGCACUGAUCAGAAACACCCUCUGCUCCCAGCAACUGCUGCUCUCCAACCACCUCCUGGGCUUUCAUCAACAGCCUUGGAAAUUAUUGUACUGCCCUGGAUGCCGC